AUGUGCAGCAGAGCACGGAUUCUGAGUGCGAGGCUUGCGAUCGGAUGUUUUCCGCGGGGCAUUCUCGUCACCGGGCCGGCUCGGCUUGUGGACGCCCGUACUGCAUUUCGUGCGAACGGAUGUUCUAGAGCUGCAACGGCCUCGCGCAGCGUCAGCGUUGCAGAGCCCGCGUUGGAAGAGAGUCGCUGUGCCUGGCUUGCAGGGCUGGCUUUGCCGCUGCUUCCGGUGUUGCACUGCCCCCAAUCGAACCUCCUCAACCGACGCAAGAUCAACAAGCUGGUGCAACGCAUCGACCGGAACAACGUCAUCACCCGCCCAAUGCUCACGAUGCCCGGCGACGAGAACGUCCAAACGACCGCCACCGAGCUCGCUUGGAACGGCUCCGCUUACGCUUGCUGCUGCAGUGCCUCUGCACCCGGGAAUGCGCAAGCCUGCGACCCGUCGAUUCUCGUCUGA